UCUAUAUAAACCCUCAUUUCCUAAUUAAGUAGAGAGACAUAAAAAAGAAAAAGGCACAGUACAAAAUAUAUUUGGAAAAAAAUGUCAAAGGCAGAAGAAGUGAUAGAGGAGAGGAGAGACUACGUAGAACCAGCCCCAGUUGCUCUAAUAGACGUGGAUGAGCUAAAACGGUGGUCGUUUUACAGAGCUCUUAUAGCUGAGUUCAUAGCUACACUUCUUUUCCUUUAUGUCUCAGUAGCCACAGUCAUUGGCCACAAGAAACAAUCCAGUUCCAACGAAUGUGAUGGUGUUGGCCUUCUUGGCAUUGCUUGGGCCUUUGGGGGCAUGAUCUUUGUUCUUGUUUACUGCACUGCUGGAAUUUCUGGUGGUCAUAUCAACCCAGCCGUAACACUGGGGCUGUUCGUGGCGAGAAAGGUGUCGCUUGCGAGAGCUGUGGCGUACAUGGUUGCGCAGUCCUUGGGAGCCAUAUGCGGCGUGGGAUUAGUGAAAGGGUUCAUGAAGCACGAGUACAACACCUUCGGAGGUGGGGCCAAUACCGUUGCCAGUGGCUACUCUAAUGGGACUGCUUUGGGCGCUGAAAUACUUGGUACUUUUGUGCUUGUUUACACCGUUUUCUCAGCCACCGACCCAAAGAGAAGCGCACGUGACUCCCACGUCCCUGUUUUGGCUCCCUUACCAAUUGGGUUUGCUGUGUUUAUGGUUCACUUGGCCACCAUCCCUAUUACUGGUACUGGCAUCAACCCUGCUAGGAGCUUUGGCGCUGCAGUGAUUUUCAACAAUGAAAAAGCUUGGAAUGAUCAGUGGAUUUUCUGGGUUGGACCAUUCAUUGGAGCAUUGGCUGCAGCAUUAUAUCACCAAUAUGUGUUGAGAGCAUCAACCAUUAAAGCAUUGGGAUCGUUUCGCAGUAAACCCAGCAACUGACAUGUCUUAUAAUUAUUCUAUCAUCAUCAUAUUAUUAUUGUUUUAAUUAAUGGCCAUAUAUAUGUGUUUAGUCUAUGGUAAAUUAAUUGUAUCUGCAUAUUUUUAUUUACUUAUUAACUAUGUACUUUAUCAACGAUCGUAUUAUCUAUCAUUAUGAAUUAAUAUAUUAAUAUAUCUAUCAUCUUCAUUCA